AUGUUACUUAAUACACUGAUUUUAAGUGUCAUAUCAUUACAAUUAUGUUCAGCAUUUCAUAUCAAGAGAAAUUUGAACGGAUCAGAUGACUCCAUCUGGGAUUAUGAUGAUGAAGAUAAAAAAAUCCAAGGUGUCACAUUUGGUGGUUGGUUUGUUCUUGAACCAUAUAUCACACCUUCAUUAUUUGAACAAUUUGGUGAUGAUGAAACCGAGAUUCCAGUGGAUGAAUAUACAUUUACUCAACAAUUAGGGAAAGAAGAAGCUCAGAAACAAUUGGAUGAGCAUUGGGCUACUUGGUAUACCGAAAAAGAUUUUAAAGAUGCUAAGAAUUUUGGUUUAAAUUUGAUUAGAUUACCAAUUGGUUAUUGGGCUUUUGGUUUAUUAGAUGACGAUCCUUAUGUUCAAGGUCAAGAAAAAUACUUAGAUAAGGCUAUUGAAUGGGCAAAGGAAAACGAUUUGAAAGUUUGGGUUGAUUUACAUGGUCUUCCAGGUUCUCAGAAUGGGUUUGAUAAUAGUGGUAAAAGAGGUAAUGUAACAUGGCAAGAUGAAGAAGAAAACAUUAAACUUUCUUACAAAACUUUAAGUUAUAUAUUUGGUAAAUAUGGUGUAGAGAAUUAUACAGAUACAGUCAUUGGUAUUGAAAUCGCCAAUGAACCAUUUGGACCAAAAUUGAAUAUUACUGAACUAUAUGAAUUUUAUUAUAAUAAUUAUUAUGACUUUAGAGUUGAACAAGAAUCAAGAAAUACAUUUGUUAUUCAUGAUGCUUUUGAACUAAUAGGUUAUUGGAAUCAUCAUUUAAAUAAUGAUUACCCUAAUGUUUCAAAACCUUUUAUUAAUGAUGAAUUACAUGAUAAAGGUCUUUCUAAAAAUUAUUUCCAUGAUAUUGUUGUUGAUCAUCAUCAUUAUGAAGUUUUCAGUGUUGAAGCAGUUAAAGAAUCACCAAAUACUAGAGCUCAAAAUAUUAGAAAUCUUGGUGAAGGUAUUGCCAAAGAACAAGAGUAUCACCCUUCAAUUGUUGGUGAAUGGUCAGGUGCUAUCACUGAUUGUGCUAAAUGGUUAAACGGUGUUGGAACAGGUGCAAGAUACGAUGACACAUUCAAUGAAACACAAUUGAUUAGAGCAAACAGUGUCAAUGGUACUCAAGAAUCUUUAUUUAAAUUCAAAGAUGAAAAAAAAUCUUGUGAAAAUGUUACAUAUUAUGAAGAUUUUUCUGAUGAACAUAAAGAACAUAUUCGUCAUUACAUUGAAAUACAAUUGAUUACUUAUGAAAAUACCAAUGCAGGAUGGAUUUUCUGGAAUUAUAAAACUGAAACUGCAAUUGAAUGGGAUUUUAAGAAACUUGUUGAAAAAGAUUUGUUCCCACAUCCAUUUGAUGAUUAUAAAUAUUUUUACAAGAAUGGUACUCAAAUUUCAGAAAGUGCUGCAUCUUCAACUACCAAUUCAUUCAGUUUAUUUACAAUUACACUGAUUGCUUUAGUUGUUUCAUUCAUUAUUGGUUAG